UUCUGGGACGGGAUCCGAGAACCGAACCUGGGGUUACUGGGCGGAGGCUGGAAGCAGGGUCGGGCGGAGACGGCGGCACUCGCAGUCUUCGGUCCAGCCCUGAGAUCCUGGUCCAGCCACGUGGUGGACGGGGGGCGGUUCCGAGCCUGCGACUUCGCAGGACCCUGAGUCCCAGCCGCAGUACCAGGCAGCUCACCACGCGCAGCGCCAUGGCCAGCAAGGGUCGCGAGGGCGAGCACCCAUCCGUGACACUCUUCCGUCAGUACCUGCGCAUCCGCACCGUCCAGCCCGAGCCCGACUACGGGGCUGCCGUGGCCUUCCUUGAGGAGAGAGCCCGCCAGCUGGGCCUAGGCUGUCAGAAAGUGGAGGUAGCACCUGGCCGUGUGGUGACCGUGCUGACCUGGCCAGGCACCAACCCCAAACUUUCCUCCCUCUUGCUCAACUCCCACACGGAUGUGGUACCUGUCUUCAAGGAACACUGGAGUCACGAUCCCUUUGAGGCCUUCAAGGAUGCUGAUGGCUACAUCUAUGCCAGGGGUGCCCAGGACAUGAAAUGUGUCAGCAUCCAGUACCUGGAAGCUGUGAGGAGGCUGAAGGCUGAGGGCCACCGAUUUCCCAGGACCAUCCACAUGACCUUUGUGCCAGAUGAGGAGAUUGGGGGUCACCAAGGCAUGGAGCUGUUCGUACAGCGGCCUGAGUUCAAGGCCCUGAGGGCUGGCUUUGCCCUGGAUGAGGGUCUGGCCAACCCCACUGACGCCUUCACUGUCUUUUACAGUGAACGGAGCCCCUGGUGGGUGCGGGUCACGAGCACCGGGAAGCCCGGCCACGGUUCCAGAUUCAUCGAGGACACAGCCGCAGAGAAGUUGAACAAGGUUGUGAGCUCCAUCCUGGCUUUCCGGGAGAAGGAGAGGCAGAGGCUGCAGUCAAACCCCCACCUGAAGCUGGGGGCUGUGACCUCUGUGAACCUGACCCAGCUAGAGGGUGGCGUGGCCUAUAACGUGGUACCUGCCACCAUGAGCGCUGGCUUUGACUUCCGCGUGGCACCAGAUGUGGACUUGAAGGCUUUCGAGCAGCAGCUGCGGAGCUGGUGCCAGGCAGCUGGCCAGGGGGUCACCUUCGAGUUCGCUCAGAAGUGGAUGGAGCCCAGAAUCACAUCCACUGAUGACGCAGACCCCUGGUGGGCAGCCUUUAGCGGGGUCUGCAAGGACAUGAACCUCACCCUGGAGCCGGAGAUCUUCCCUGCAGCGACCGACAGCCGCUAUCUCCGCGCGGUGGGGGUCCCAGCUCUGGGCUUCUCUCCCAUGAACCGCACACCUGUGCUGCUGCAUGACCAUGACGAGCGGCUGCAGGAGGCCGUGUUCCUCCGUGGGAUUGACAUUUACGCACGGCUGCUGCCUGCCCUGGCCAGCGUGCCCGCCCUGCCCAGUGAUGGCUGAGCCCCACACUCCCAGCCUCUGCCCCUGGAGCUUCCACCCCGACCAAUGCCAAGGACCCCUCACCCCCCUGCCCAACAAUAAAGUGUGUGUGUGGACAGGGGCCACUGAAAUGCUAACA